AUGAGUGUUUGUGUCACGGCGGAUUGUACCAUCAAGGAAGCCCUCACCACGCUUAAUGUCACUACUACAGCAUGUGGAGCUCCAAUUCGAGAUCAGACUUCUCUAAGUAUUGUGAUCCCAGCAGUCGGUUUGUGGGUUCUGCUGUUCGUCGCAUUGAGGAUAUUAACACGCCUUGUGAUCACGAAAUUGGAAGCCGGCUGGGAUGACUGGGCAACCAUUCUUCUCUCAUGCUUCGUGGUGCCCGUCAAUAUAGGCUCGAUUAUGCUCGGAAAGGCUGGCCUAGGGAAAGACAUUUGGACUAUCGAGUUCAGCAAUAUCACUCGAAUCCUCCAUAUUUUCUACAUCCAAGAACUCGUCUACAUCGCCUGUAUCACUCUCACAAAGAUCUGCUUCCUCCUCUUCUACCUCCGCAUCUUUCCCUCGGAACGAAUGCGUCGCGUCAUCAAAGUCUCUUGCCUUGUGACAGUUUGCUACGGCAUCACUUUCAUAUUCGCCCUUGCUUUUCAAUGCUGGCCCAUUGAGCACACCUGGUAUGGCUGGGAUGGGCAACAUCCAGGGAAAUGCGUGCAGAAUCAUACUCUGGUGGUCGUUGCCGCCGCAUUGAACAUCGUACUAGAUGCUUGGGUCAUUGCUCUGCCUAUUCCCAAGGUGCUGGAGCUCCAGGCUUCAAUCACCACAAAACUUCAGGUCGUACUCAUGUUUUCUGUGGGCUUCUUAAUCACCGGCGUCAGCAUUUACCGCACCAUCAUGCUCAAGAUCUUCGCCACCAGCACGAAUCCAACAUGGGACAAUGCCCCCGGCGGCUACUGGUCCGUGAUCGAAGUCAACGUUGGACUUUUCUGCCUAUGCAUGCCAUCUAUGCGGUCCUUGCUCGGUCGCCUAUUCCCAAGCAUGUUUGGAUCAACAAAAGGGAACAGCACUACGGCAAAUACAAUCAGCCAGAAGAAGCGCCGGAAUACUGGUAGCGGUGAAAACACGAGCUUUGUCCAAUUGAUUGAGUUGGAUCAUACGGAGAGUCUGAAAGAUCAUCGGAACGUUCAUUAG